AUGGAGCUUCAAAGCUCAUUUUUCUCUGCACCAAUUGCCAUGACUCUGGUGCGUGCAGCAGUAGAUUUCGUGCCUCCACAAGUACGGAAAGACAUGAUGUUUCAGACAGAGGAAGAUUCAAAAGUACAUAUGUUUGAUUUUUGGAGGACUAAUCAGUUUGGUCUUGUUAAAUUUUCCGCUCCUUCAGUAGCAGAUGAAGAUGUAAGAUUCAAGAGCAUUACAAGAUUCAUGAAGGUUGAGCACAAGAAACUAGGAACCUAUUGGUAUGGGGGUUCAUUUCUGGAUUUGGAUCAGUUCAGCUUGUAA